UCGUGCGACAGUGGGCACCAGUGUGUCUGCAUGACGAGGCUCGUCCCGAGUGUUUUGUUUUUUUGUUUUUUUUACUAUGAGAGUAUGGUCACAUAUUAUUUUUUUAAUAAUUUUGUAAGUUGUUUCAUUGCCAGGAAUGAACCAGUCUCAGUCUCCAACAGUGGAAGCGGCCCAACACUGGUUGUUCUUUGUCUAGACAACGAAUAUAUUGUCUUGUUCUCAUCUGUUACGCUGGCUAGCUCCGGCUGUGGAUUCCUCCUGGAUCAUGCUCCGGUCUGCCGUUUGAUUUGACAUUGUUAUAUUGUACUUGAGUUCCUCAACUGCGCCCCCGUUGGUUAGGCUUUGAAGCAUAAUUUAGAGGGGCUCGGCACGCUCCGAUUGCGGCUAACCCUAAUUACAGAUGGUGCAUCAGCGCCAGUUACCGCAACCACCAUAAUGUACUCGAAAGUAUGAGAAAGGAAGAAUUGUGACAGGGUACCUGAAAAGUCUCAGAAAGGGAACAUAUGUUGAUAAUUACUGUUCUAAGCAUUUACACAUGAUCCCUGGAGAAUAAUUUUGUACACCGCACCGAAGGACGGCGUUCAGAGAGGAGACCGAACCAAACCAGCAGGGUUGUAUUUGAGUGUAGGACCAGGUGAUUAUCGAAGUGGAAGUCGAAAGAGGACGACCCAGAUUUUUACAUGCGAAGGUAGGUUGCAAGAAUGGCCCGAAACGAAAGAUGAACACAGUACCGAGCCAGGGGGUGUUGUCUCUCAAGUGUCCGAAGUCGGAAACAUCACGCUAUGUAUAGACGAAGACCUGCAUGCUGUAGAGCGGCACUUGAUCCAAAAUGAGGAGAAAGAGUAAGCGCGGAGCAGGACAUUCAAGGCUGACAGUGUAUAAUGCAUACCAGUGACGGCGAAAAGGGGCAUAUGGACGACAACCGAGCUUCAUGGUAGGGCCACCGCGUCGUGACCGUCAGCCAUCGCGGUCGGGUUUUGGUAGCAAGCGUUGCUGGGUCCAGGAAGACGAGAUCAGACGCACAAAGGGACGGGCUAGGGCUGAUCAAGGUGAUGUGUCAUGGGCCAGCUUUGGUGAUUCCGGUCGCAAAGAAGAAGGCGAUGCGACCAAGAUUUCUACAUUUCUUGCUCUGUCGAAUCUACCAGAGUGUGAAAGAGAGUUACAAGUGCGAAUACGGAGUCAUGCAAGCGACCUCGAGAGGAAUCCCACAAGCCUACCUGAGACGCCAACGUCACCGGCGAUUCUCCUUCAAGAAAACAACGUUUCCGGCCAGCUACUGAGUUCCAAGCGAGUUCGACUUAUACAAAAUAUGCACCGAUAUAACAGCCCAAAUAAUAUGACUUAUGAUGAUUCACGUUACUUCAAUGGGAACCAGGAAUCGACAUUUGACGUGGAAAAUGAAGCUCCUGAAACAGCGGGGCGAAAUAUGAUGCUUAACUUUGGUGGAGCAAUGGACAGAUUAGAUCCAUCAGCAAGCUUCCCUGGGUUAGGGGAGCUACCGUCAAACGGUAUGGAACCUGCCGUGGAGCAAAACCUGACAGGCACCUUCACUGGAGACUUGAACUCUACUGCGUACGAAGUUGGGGAUGAUCAUAGUCAUUUGCUUCAGGAAAUGCUCCAACAACAUCCACAAUCCCAACAAGCUCAAUCAACUGACGCUCAUUCUCAGGCUCCAGCAACGGCAAGUCACGGGUCGUGGGAAGACAGCCUACAUGUUUUGCAAGAAAUGGUCCACCUUCAGCAGCAGCAGCAGCAGCAGGUGCACCAGAUCUAUAACCAGACCCAAACCGAGCAUGCGUUCAAUCAAGGUUACAAUGCCGAUCGCUUCCGAAGCGCAGCUUUCGGCGGCAGUGCGAAGUUCCCAGGCGAAUCUGAUCUGCUCAACCUCUUUCAGUUUCCCAGAAGCACUACAACAUCUGCCAUACCGAGUUUCGGCUACACAGCAGGCAUUAGAGGAAAAGGUCCCUUGUACUCGACUUCCACGAUUUCAGGUCCAGUCAAUACUGGAAGUAUUUAUGAAAACAGAGGCAUCGGUUAUGAUCCUCUUCUUGCACAUCACUUACAAAACUCCUCGGAAAGCUUUUUCCACAACUUAUCACGGGGGAAUACUCCGGAGACUUCGAGACAUGGUGGACCGAAUAUUCUUGUAGAUCUGGAUCAGGAGAGAGAAGACUUGAGCGGGAAAAAUGUAGCAUCAGCAUAUGGAUCUAAGAGAGAUCAUGGUGCUGCAUCGGGAAAAGGAGAACCAAGAGGAGUGAACCAUUUUGCAACUGAGCGACAGAGGCGAGAGUACCUGAACGAGAAGUAUCAAACCCUACGCUCUUUGGUACCUAACCCAACAAAGGCAGACAGAGCUUCGAUAGUUGCAGACGCAAUUGAGUACGUAAAAGAACUGAAAAGAACAGUGCAAGAAUUGCAGCUACUAGUGCAAGAGAAGAGGCGAGCAGCGGGGGACUCAAGCGGCGGCAAGCGUCGACGGUCGAUGGACGAUGCGGACAACUAUGCAGGAAGCUGCACCACUGAAAAUGCUUCCAACGGACAUCUCGUGAUGCAGAAAGGCAACGACACUUUCUCUACGGAUGGGUCUCAAUUGAGAUCCUCUUGGCUACAAAGAACAUCACAAAAUGGGACGCACGUGGAUGUGCGAAUUGUGCACGACGAGGUGACAAUAAAGGUCAACCAGAGAAGAGGGAAAAAUUGUCUAGUGUUUGAUGUCAUCGCCGUGCUACAAGAGUUGCAGUUGGACCUUCUUCAAGCCAGUGGGGCUACAAUCGGCGAACACGAUGUUUUCCUCUUCAAUACCAAGAUUCUGGAGGGCUCGUCCACAUUUGCAGGAUACAUUGCAGUGAAGCUGCUGGAUGCUCUUGAUCGCCACCUGGUGAUCAAUCCAUAGAAACCACCUGCUCCAUUAUGUGAGACUUUACAGGUGCUAACGAGUUCCACUGGUACAACGUUACACAUUCACUUCGUACGGUUAUGAAAAGUGACGGAGAGCCUAAAGAAAGUGCAUCCUCACAAAACAUAUAUCUGUGCUCGAAAUUAUAGAGCCGAGUAACUUGUUUUUUUGAUGCAAUUUCUUGGAGUUGUACAUUUAGUCGAAUUGAGCGGAUACCAUAGAAGUAAGCUAAGGUUUCUAAAUCACAUACACUGUACAGUUUUAAAGUCCGGGUACCGCCCGUAGAGAAAUGACAAAUCUGAAGUCUGGUUAGGAAUGCUCCUUCCAGUUCUUCAGCUUAGUUGUGACUGGCAGGAUAUACCUAGCAUGCUCUGCUAAUUAAGAUUUCCGUUAGCUUUUGCAGGACAUUACAAUAGAUGAUUCUAACCGUUAAUACGAUAAAGUGCUAUCACAGCACUUCCUCGAUUCUUCAGCUUCGCAUGUGAACAUUGUAGAGCACCUCUUCAAGGCUCAUUUGUCAAGCAAUAAUAAAAUUUCUUGAAAAUGUAUUUCAAUACGAA